UGUCUCUAUCUAUCUGCCUAUCCUAACAACGUGCCUUAUUCCUUACAUGAAACAUCGAAACAUCAUAGAUAGACGCACAAACAUGAUUUGUUUCAUUUAAUCAUAUCACACACACACACACAUAGACUGUCUGCUAACGCCCGAUCUUCUGAUAUUAGUGGGCAAAACAUUGGAGAAUAAUAAGUAACAACAAUAAUAAUUACAGGUACAUCUGUGGAACAAUUAUUAUACCGUCACGUUUCUGUUUCAUCAUGUACAAAUAGAACAGUAAUAAGCGUGAUAACCAAAGCGAAACAGGAAUUGUUUUAAUGUCUAUAUCCAAAACACAUCUGUAAAUAAAACAAAUAUUAAAUACAUGUAUGUGAGUUGAAAAUAUGCUCAAGCUGGUUACCGGAGGAUAUUCAUUGGGAGAUUUAGUAUCACUGUCUUACUGUAAUAUCUUAUGAAGUUAAAUCCAUCUACAGAACACCUACUUUACACAUCAAACGUAAAAAUUCACGCAAAACUAAACUAAUCACAAAAUUAUUUGAAAAAUUCUCAUUAAAAACAUUCUGUGUACAUAUAUCAUCAAAAGGAAUUGAAAUUGUUGAAUAUAUAUUGUGUUGCAAACUAAAUGUCGGGUGAUACAGAGGCUACAUUUAUUCUAUCCUUAGACGAUGAUGAUUCAACAAUAGAAGCACAAAUCAAUGCUACAAAAACAACAGACGAGACAACAGUUGAAUUUUCUAUAUCAAUUACUGAUGAUGCUGUUGAAGCGAAAGGUGAAACAAUGUCACUGGAGGAACAAUUAGCGUGGUUCAGUGAUUACCUUGAAAAAGAAUCACGAAUAUUCGAAGAAAAAUGGACGCAUCCAGUACAAAAUAACGCAACACUGAAUCAAUUUGAUCGUUUAAAAACAUUGGGUACAGGAUCAUUUGGACGUGUAAUGCUGGUCAAGGAUAAAAAGACGCAAAUCUAUUAUGCAAUGAAGAUUUUAGAAAAACAAAAGGUGGUCAAAUUAAAACAGAUUGAACAUACAUUGAAUGAAAAGAAGAUUUUACAGGCAAUCAAUUUUCCAUUUCUUGUUCGAAUGGAUUUCAGCUUUAAAGAUAAUUCCAAUUUAUACAUGGUACUUGAAUUUGUUAGUGGCGGGGAAAUGUUUUCAUAUCUAAGAAGAGUUGGAAAAUUCAGUGAAGACGAUUCACGAUUUUACGCGAGUCAAGUUGUAUUGGCAUUUGAAUAUCUACAUUCAUUUGACUUAAUCUACAGAGAUUUAAAACCUGAGAACUUAUUGAUUGCCAGCGAUGGCUAUCUUAAGGUUACUGAUUUUGGUUUCGCUAAAAAAAUAAAAGGUCGUACAUGGACAUUGUGUGGAACACCAGAAUAUCUUGCGCCUGAGAUAAUCUUAAGCAAAGGUUACAAUAAAGCAGUGGAUUGGUGGGCAUUAGGUAUUUUAGUCUAUGAAAUGGCUUGUGGUUAUCCGCCAUUUUUUGCUGAUCAACCAAUUCAGAUUUAUGAGAAAAUAGUUUCCGGUAAAGUUCGAUUCCCUGGACAUGUCAGUCCUGAUCUACGCAAUCUUCUCAAGCAACUCUUACAAACUGAUUUAACAAAACGUUUUGGUAAUUUAAAAAAUGGUGUUGAUGAUAUCAAAUGUCAUAAAUGGUUUCGACCAACUAAUUGGGUUACAACUUAUCGAAAAGAGCUAAAUGCUCCAUUCCUACCACCAAGUAAAGGACCUGGGGAUUCAAGUAAUUUUGAUGAUUAUGAAGAAGAACCCUUGAGGAUAUCCAAUACAAAUUAUUGUGAAAAUGAGUUUAAAGACUUUUAAACUAAGAAAUAUAAGAACGGAAGAGAAGAGUUUAGAACAGAACAUAGUGUCACAGUUAUGUUUUAUAUACCUUUCCUUUUUGUUCUGUUACAUUUAAAUUUUUGACCUUUUCUCAGUCUGUCUGCCUAAAAUUGUUAAACACAUUUUUAUUUCUCUCAGAACAGUAUAACGAUAACAACUCAGUGAGUAAAGCAGACGAUAAAUGUAAUAUUAUCUUAUCAGUAACAGUCAUGGAAAAAAGUGUUUGCUUAUAUAGCGCACUAAUUUUUACAUGCAAUAAACAUUUUUUUUCUAUCAAUAAGUGUACUUCAAUAUGAAGUAAUGAAUUUUGUCAAACCUCAAAAUAAAAUAACAGCCACGAGACCCAAUUCUCCAUAAAACUGGAAUGAUGAAGAACCAAUUGAAUCAACUUAUGUAAUGUAGGAGACUGACAUUUCAUAGAAUGUCAUCUCUUCUUCUUCUUUAUUGUCUCUCUCGUCGUUACCGUUGUCGUUGUUUUGGGCGUCGUGGUUUCCCUUAUAUUCGUUUGCAUUUCACUUUUGUAAACUAUAUCUUCACUGUAAUACAUUGUAUAUGAUAUGUUUUCACCAUAUUUGGUGAAUAGCCUUAGAAGUAUUGCAUAUGUAAUUUUUCCACAGCAUCUUUUGCAUAUCUCUCUACCUACUUGAAAGAAAAGCGACCUAACAUUCAAAUGUACAACAAGUGGUUAAAUGGAUGGGUGUAAUAAUAUAAAUAAAAAUUGAAUUUUGAUG